AGUAGCGUCAAAGAAUUAAUUGAACUUUUAGAAAAUUUUGAUCUUGAAUCUCAUGCAAUAUUUUCAGCACUCUCCGGAAGAAUCCUGAACAAACUUGAAGCAGCUUUAUUGAGGAUUUCUAAUGAGACACAUAAAGAAGCUGUCUAUGUUUUACAUGACGAAUACAAGAAUAAUCUAGACAAGAUCGUCUCUAUUAUUUUACCACAUUCCAAAGUUGAGUCAAAGAAUAAUCUAAUAUUACAUAUUUUAGAUCAAAUUAGGCCCACAAAUGUUGAACAAGCCCUUGACAAAUCUAUUCACCGAUUUUAG